AUGGCACCGCUACUAAAUCAGGACCGAAGGAUGGUAGUGGCCACUAUGAACAACCCGCAGCUGCUUAACCAAAGAGAUGCUAGAGGAAAUCGAAGAUCCGACCUAGAUUACAAUCCAGAGGACUCAGACUACUUCUAUAGCGAGAUCCCGAGACCAGGAAGAUCCACCAUUCACCAGGAGCACCAGCAAGCAAUGGAGAAUCUUCGUACGGAAAUGAUGGCGGAAAUCAAAUAUUUUCCUUCAAGUCUAAAAGGAUCUGUGCUGUCCUGGUUCGAUAACCUGCCACCGGACUCCAUUGAUUCCUAUGACCAGCUCACUGAGAAGUUCUUGGCGACCUACAUGUACAACAAGAUCGUCAAUACCGGAAUGGACAAGCUCUUCUCGCUGACAAUCCGAUAUAAGGAGACGAUCAGGAUGAGCCCUCUAUUCGUCGAGAUUCAUGGUACCAUCCGUACUAUCGAAGGAGAUCUUCGAGUAAUCAUAGAAAAACAUGCAAGGCUGGACGAGAUUCAGAGUAAAAAUCCCAGAGCCCAGACUCAAAGACCUCAUCGAACCAACUCGGUGGAGCAAGCCAGCGGAUCCAAAAGGGGUGGUUCUGGCGAACGGCUUAGCGAGGAUAGGAAAGAACGAAGAGAUGAUCGUCGACGUGAGGAUCGGAAAUUCGAAGACCAGGUCUACACGAGGCUAGACGUCAGCUACUCUCGCAUCCUAAGGGAGAUCAAAGGACGGGAAAAUCUUGAGUGGCCAUGGUCCAAAGGGAAACAACCCCCAAGGUCCGAGAAAUCUAAGGAAUACUGCGAAUACCAUUGCUUCAGUGGCCACCAGACCAAGAAAUGCAAAAACCUCAAGAUAAUGAUCCAAAAGCUGAUCGACGCAGGAGAUCUCAAAUAG